AUGCAACGGGCCGAGGCUCACUUCUCUCAUGGAAUAGCUGAUAAUCUUGAUGAUCCUAAGUACACACACUACAAGUACUGGUCAAAUCCACUUGAAACCAAGUUACCUCAUGCUCCUGAUAUGGAGAUUUACUCUCUCUAUGGAGUUGGAAUCCCUACAGAAAGAUCAUACGUGUAUAAAAUGUCUCCUUCAAGCAAGUGCAAGAGCAUUCCAUUUCGAAUAGAUAGCUCGGCCGAUGGCCAAGCAGACAGCUGCCUAAAGAAUGGAGUAUACUUUGUGGAUGGCGAUGAGAGUGUUCCGGUUUUGAGUGCAGGCUUCAUGUGUGCCAAAGGGUGGCGAGGAAAGACUAGAUUCAACCCGUCCGGCAUAGCUACUUACAUAAGAGAGUACCGACACAAAGCGCCAUCGAGCCUGCUGCAGGGCAGGGGUUUGGAGAGUGGUGCACAUGUUGACAUCAUGGGAAAUGUUGCUUUGAUUGAAGAUGUUUUGAGGGUGGCUGCUGGAGCCAGUGGCAAAGAUAUUGGAGGCGACCGCAUACAUUCGGAUAUCAUGAAAAUGUCUCAGAGAAUAAAUCUUCAGCUGUGAUUAUUAUGAAUGAUAAUCAUCACUAGAAGAUGAUGAUGAAGUUUGAGGAGGGAGUGAAAGAAGUUCCAAUGGACUUUGAGGCUGCUAAUAAUGAGGCUGCUGCUAUGCUGCUCAGAAGAGAAAAAACAAGUGUUCAAAGUGAUCAGAGUAUGAGAAUAGAAAGGCAUAAGUAUUUCACUCUAGCUAGCAAUUCAGUUGGUUUUUUUUAUUUGUAAUUUUCUAUAUAUGAACAAAUUACCAAUGUGCUGUUAGAUUGGCUCAAGCUAACAAAGGAUUUUAUAACUGCUUGUGCAUUUUAAGAUUCUGCUUUUAUUUUAUUAUUUCCCCCUAAAAAUUUGUAUA